AAAACACCACCGAGGCAGUACGUCAUCAGUGGUUGGAAAACCCAAAAAGAACAAAAACGCGGUUUCAGUUUCUCUCUUCUUUUGUUUUGACUCUUCUUCAUCUUCAAAAUCAUAACCAUUUUUGUUAUUGGAAAGCCAAAAAAUCAAAGAAGAAGAAAAAAUGGGUUGUUUCGCCAGCAAAAACGCUGAGACGAAAGCGAGUAGAGUCUCACGGUGGCGAUCCACUGGCAUUGUUGCUCUGCGCGAUUCCAAAUUGAAGACUUUUCCAGAUGAAAUUAUUGAUUUAGACAGAUCUGUACGCACUCUUGACUUAACGCAUAAUCGAAUAGCUGACAUUCCUUUGGAAAUUAGCAAAUUGAUUAAUAUGCAGCGCCUGGUAUUAACGGACAACAUCAUUGAGAGACUGCCAGUGAAUUUGGGGAAACUCCAAUCUCUUAAGCUCAUGAACCUUGAUGGAAAUCGAAUUUCUUCCUUACCUGAUGAAUUGGGCCAGUUAGUAAGGCUUGAACGCUUAUCCAUCUCAGGGAAUUUGUUAACAUCCUUGCCGUCAACUAUUGGCAGUUUGAGAAACCUGUUGAUUUUAAACGUCUCAAAUAACAAGCUACAGUCCCUUCCAGAAUCAGUUGGGAGUUGCUUCUCUUUGGAAGAAUUACAAGCCGAUGAUAAUCUUAUUGAAGAUCUCCCUUCUUCAGUGUGCAGUCUCUCUCACUUGAAGUCACUUUGCUUAGACAACAAUAAUGUGAAGCAGAUACCUCUGAAUCUAUUGAAAGAUUGCAAAGCUCUUCAGAACAUAUCCCUGCAUGGUAAUCCUAUAUCUAUGGACCAAUUUCAACAGAUGGACGGGUUUCAAGAGUUUGAAGCAAGAAGAAAAAAGAAAUUUGACAAACAAAUUGAUUCAAAUGUAAUGAUUGGCUCCAAAGGUCUUGAUGAGGGUGUCGAUCUAUGAAAUAUCUCAGGAUUUUCCGGAACUACUUGGAAGUUGCAAUAAAUGGUUUUGAGGUGUAGCAUUGUACAUUUUGCCUGCAAAUAUGUUAGAUUAUAGACAGAGUCGAUGUCGAACAAUAGUCUUAAGAUUUCAUAUAAAUGAUUUGAUGCCAGUUUGUCAACAAUGAAAAGGGUGUAUGUUAUAUAUAUACUGGCAGCUGUAAAUUAAGACUAAUUUUGAUGCAAUAUGGAAGGUACUGCAUUCUGUAAUAGAAUGCAAAUAAUUCUUGUGUUAUUUUAGUUCA